GGUCUCCACGCUCACAUUCGGAUCUACGAAGCUGCUCGGGUGCACUUUACGGAUUUAACUCUUCUUCUGAACUUGUUUCUCUCGGUUCCACGGGGUUCCACCCGGCUCCAGGGACGUGUUCACAGCGGGUCGGGGUGUGUGGGUGUCGGCUCCGAGGCUCCAGCUCCGUGCUCCGGUUUCCAGGUUUCACACCUUUUUACCAGCAGGACACACGAGAAGCGGACUCACAUUUGGAAUCGGCGCAUUGAUCUUGUUGUUAAAAGAGGGACUCACUCUCUGCUUCCACACACAUAUCCAACAUGACUUGUACUAAGUGGCCACUGGUCUGAGCUUAGCGCUGAUCCAUCGCACAGCUACUACGAGUGGAUGAAAACAAGCAGCUUUUAAUCCAGAAAGGAUUCCUCUUCUCUGUGAUAAGAGUCUGCUAACCGUGUGUAAGGACCACUGGGAGUACAAUAAUCAAGUCAAGGACACGUUCCCUCACCCCUCCUCCCCUCUGCCUGCGGGAAGAUGAGAGUGAAAAUAUAAAGCUCUGCAGUCCCGGAGCUUAAUGAAAACCAAGGAAUCUUAGCAAGCAGCGUGCAUUUGUUUAUGUCUGUGUGAGAGGAUCCUGUAACCAUGUGGACGCUAGCUGUGACUGUCCACUCUCUCCUCGCUGCUAUGCUGUUAUUGGCCGCCUACUUCCAAUCAGGGAUGGCCACGGAGGAGGAUGUCACACCACGCAUCAGUUUUGCAUACAAUGCCAAGGAAAGGUCGGCCAAGAGAUUCUCUGCGGACGGCGUCUUCAAUUACACGUCUCUGCUGCUCAGCCAGGAGGACGACAUGCUGUACGUCGGAGCCAGGGAGGCGCUGUUCGCCCUCAGCCUCUCGGACAUUAGCAAGACCAAGCUGCAGAAGAACCUGACGUGGGGCACUCCUGCAGGAAAGAGAGAGGAGUGCAGCUUCAAAGGGAAGAACCUGGAGACUGAUUGCUUCAAUUACAUCAAAAUUCUUCUUCGGCUGAACAGCACUCAUCUCUAUGUGUGUGGCACCUUUGCUUUCAGUCCGCUCUGCACCUACAUAAACACGUCAACAUUCACGCUGGAGAGAGACCAAGUGGGCGAGGUCAUGAUGGAAGAUGGGCGCAGUCGCUGCCCCUUUAAUCCAGAGUACAAAUCCACUGCCAUCAUCGUUGAUGGUGAAUUGUACACUGGUACUGUCAGCAACUUCCAAGGGAAUGAGCCAGUCAUUUACAAGAGUCUGGGUCAGGGAACGGCACUGAAGACUGAAAACUCUUUAAAAUGGCUGCAAGAUCCCAACUUUGUGGGGUCAGCUUACAUCGAGGAGAGCCAGCCAGCCGGAAACCCUGUGGGCGACGACGACAAAAUUUACUUCUUCUUCAGCGAGGCGGGCAAAGAAUUUGACUUCUUUGACAACACCAUUGUGUCGAGGAUCGCUCGCGUGUGUAAGGGUGAUGUGGGUGGCGAGCGGGUGCUGCAGAAGAAGUGGACCACGUUCCUGAAGGCCCAGCUCCUGUGUUCCCUCCCCGACGACGGCUUCCCCUUCAACAUCAUCCAGGACAUGUUCGUCCUGAAGCCUGUUGGCGACAGCUGGGAGAGCACCGUCUUCUACGGCGUCUUCACCUCACAGUGGUAUAAAGGAGCCUCGGGCAGCUCGGCGGUGUGCGCCUUCACCAUGGCUCAAGUGGAGCGAGCGUUCAGCGGGCGCUACCGAGAGGUCAACAGGGAGACACAGCAGUGGUACACCUACAACCACCCUGUGCCAGAGCCACGGCCCGGGGCGUGUGUGACGAACCACGCCAGGCAAAUGGGCAUCCAGUCGUCUUUGCACAUGCCCGAUAAAGUGCUCAACUUUGUCAAGGACCACUUCCUGAUGGACAGCGUGAUCCGCAGCGCCCCCUUGCUGCUGAAACGCAGCGUGCGCUACACGCAGAUCGCCGUGCACAAGAUCCAGGGCAUGGAGAGGGCUUACGACGUGCUCUUCAUUGGAACAGAUGAUGGAAAGCUCCAUAAGGCCAUCAACGCCAACGAUAAGAUGCACAUCAUCGAGGAGCUGAUUCUGUUUCCUGAGCCUCAGCCGGUGCAACACAUCGAACUCGAUCCUCAGAGGGGUCUGUUGUUUGUUUCCUCCUAUUCUGGGCUGGUGGAGGUUCCUGUGGCCAACUGCUCCAACUACGUGAGCUGUGGAGAGUGCGUGCUGUCCAGAGACCCGUACUGCGCCUGGACUGGGCGGCUGUGUCGGGACGUCAGGAUGGCUCCACCUGACAGCCACUGGCAGCAGGAUGUGGAGGAGGCCGACACCUCAGCCAUUUGUAACAAGACCUUCCCCAGCCCCAGAAAUGCCCGACCAUCAGCCACACGUGGCUCCCAUUGCCAGCUCAUUACGAUCCCAACCAACACGUUCAGAGUCCUCCCCUGUAAGCUGCGCUCCAACCUGGCACAGAGGAGGUGGAGCUACAGUGACAGCGCCAGCCAGUUCGUCUAUGCCACUCCCGAGGGAAACCUGGUCGUGGUGGCUCAGGGCGACAGGAUAGAGACCUACGAGUGCUGGUCAGAGGAGGAGGGAUUCCGUCAGCUGCUGGCUAACUACUGUGUGAGGGCCGAGCCCCGUCUGGAGAGCACCACUCUGAUUGGUCACUCUCGCACACCGCACAUUAGGCCGGAGGAGCCCAUGAUCCUGCCUGGAGAGUCUCGCUCUGAGCAAGUCCACAUGAAGACGUACUGGAACGAGCUGAUUGUGGUGUGCGCCCUGCUGGCGUUCUCCCUGGUGGUCUUUUCCUUGUUCAUCAUCUACCGGAACCGCGAUCACAUGAAGUCCAUGCUGAAGCAAGGGGAGUGUCCCAACAUGCAGCAGAAGAAGCCGAGGAUAGUGGGGAAGCCUGCGGAGAGCUUACCGCUCAACGGUAACCCCAUCCCCGUUUCCACCUCAGAUCACAAGGGCUACCAGACGUUAAAUGACAACUACAUCUGCAGCACGCCCACACACGAGUCCUCACCAGACAACAGCAAGAGCUUCUCUGAAUCCUCCGACCGGCGGCCGCUCAACCUGAAGGAGAGCCACGUGGAAUACUCCCCGACCUGCCCCCGGCCCAGAGUGAGGCUCGGCUCAGAGAUUAAAGACUCGAUCGUAUGAGAGCACAGAACCAGCUGAAAGAGGCCGCCCUGUAUCUCCGUGAAGGAUGCGGGCCACUGAGCGAAGGAUAGGAGAUGCUGACACCCUCCCCCAUCACAGCACAUCUUUUUAUUUUAGCCAUCUUUGUUCUGUGAUAAUGCGCGGAGGUCAUUUCAUUUCAUCAUUUCCACUCUUGAAACCAGAGAGGGUUUGCUGCACAAGCCGGCGAAGGAAGCAGCGCAACAAUCUGGUUUCAACCAGGAUCAAGAAACAUGGCAGCUGCUAAGAAUAGUUCAAAUAACAGGCUUUAUUUUUAGUCCAUGUCAUGGCCACUAAGAGCGUGUGUGCGAGUGUAGGGCUGGGCAAUAUUAGGGAAGACAUAAUGAAACAAACUUCUCUCCACAUCAAUAUUUAUCAUAGUAUCUCUUUAGAUAUGCAAGAUCCAUCAAUACAUUAUCUAGUUAACGUCCAUCACUAUGCUGUAAUAAAAACAACAGACAAUAAAUUAUAACUAUCGAUAUGUUGUCCAGCUCUUUACAAGUAUGUAUAACUGCACACAGCUGCCUAACACACUGUUAUUAUACACAAUCGAACCACGCUACAGCUACACGGAGUCCGAGAGGUCAGGUUCAGGAGAGGAGAGCAUACUCGUUCUGAUCCAAACCCUAUGGAAGCAAGUCAGACAUACAUUUGUUCCCCUUGAAUAAAUGUCACGACUGUACGAGGCGAUGAAGAUGAGGCGGACGAGGAGAAAACUACAGCACCUUGAAAAAAACGAGGACUUUUCAGAAAGAUCAUCAAACAAAUGUGAGCAGAUGUGAUGCUCCGAGGCCUAAAUAGGGACGUGUGCCUCCUGGAUGUACGCUGCCUGUCUCGCCUCCACAAAACUGCCCCAUGGACCAUCUCUGCUCAUGCGAGACAGCCCUGUUCUUCAGUAUUGACCUGCAGGUACCAACGAUGAGUAAAUAAGAGACACAGAUAUCCUGUUCUUGAGGUGAAUAUGGAAAAGAGACUUGACAUUUCAAACACAAAGAGCCAAGUUAAAAAAAACUAAAAAAAAGCCGGGAGGGGGCAUCCAGACCUCUACCAUGUUCAGGGCAGCACCAAAAUCAUCAUGUGCACUGUGCCAAAAAAAACAACAAAAAUAACUUGAUUGUCUUAUCUCGACACAAUAGUGCCAUUCUGUUAUGACCACUCCCAUCUCAUGUGUUAGCGUUGAUCACUGUCGGAGAGACGAUGGAACCGAAGUUGGGUUUCACGAAGGUUAAAAGGCACCAAGACUGUGUGAAAUGUGAAGUGCAAGUUGAAAUCUAAGACUGUUAGCUCAUUUUUGAACUGUGUUGGGGAAUAAUAAUUGGCCUUCAUGUAAUAUCAGGACUGGGGCAUAAGGACUAUGGCGUGGAGAUUACCUGCCGUGUGGUGGCCACUUUUCCUUCAGCUAGUACGUAGAGGAUUUAUCUGCCUUCUUAGUGUUCACACUGAAACAAACAGGUGAAACUAGUUUCAGACUAGACUGAGCUUGAUGAGCACUAACAAUGAAAUCCAUGUAGUUAAACCCACUAAGAGUUGCUGUAGUGCAGAGACAACAUCAAGAGGUUGCUUAUACAAACUGUAGCUGCGCUGUGUAGUGAUGUAGAUGCACAGAGUUGACGCAGUAUAACCUCCACCGCAGCAGCUUACAUUUCAUACACACGCCAUCCACGACAGUCCAGUGUCAAUACGUUAUAAAUGUGAAAGCACAAGUAAUCAGGGUGUUGAAUUCUUACAGGUUUGCACAUUUCAGUAAAAAUUCAGACCACGUUCUAAUAAAUGCAACUACUGAAAGACCGAAAGACACAGCGGCUGCUAAGGAAAAGGUUUUUCGUAGAAAUCAGUUAUCGCAGGGACCAGUGCAGCCAUUGCAAACACUCUUACUCCCACAUCGCUUAGACUUCUGAGACUUAUCAAGCAGAAUUUUCCAAAGAUCUAGACGGCGGUUAGUGUUGUGUAAAUUUGAAUGAAAAACAUUAGCGUGGCCAUAGGGACAUUAUGGCCCCACAUGUCUUAGAACACAUCACCAGGUUCGCGGUCAAUAAUCCUACAGUAUAUACUCCAGUAUCACGCAGAGUCAGCAUUUUUACUAUUUCCACACUGAGCAGACGACGAGACACUAUGUAAUGCUUCAAGUGCUACAAAUUGACAAAGUAAUCGCACAGUAAACUGUGCAACAGUGGUCAGUGUUUCUUUUUUCUUUAGUUUCUGUUGUGUAUAUAAAGUGUAUGUGCGUAAUAUUGUGUGUUUUUAAGGGACUUGUGCAAGAUGUGUUGUAGAGAUAGUCUUGAAAACAGAGAGUGAACACUGCUGAUAUUUCUUUUUCUCAUAAUGAUGCUUUACUGCCUACUCCAGCGAACAUUUCAACUCUUGCACAGAACGCAGCACAUGUCUGACCACGCUGUCUGUUCAGCACCUGGACGGAUUUUCAUCCAGUACAUCAAAGCAGAUUAAAAAUCUUAAAAAGUCAUAUAAAAAAAAGGUUGUGAAAAUUUGGGGUUUUAAAAACAAAAUACAGCAUUUGUAUUAUUUAUUAUUGUUAGCAUUGGACAGAGCCAGGUUAGCUAUUUCCUCCAUUUCAAGUAUUUGUGCUCGGCUCAUCAGUUGGUGGCCUACUACCGUAAUGUCUGUUUAGAUUUUUAUGUCAUACUGAAUUAAAGUAGUAUGAUUCUGUUGGAAAUUGGUUUAAUCACCAUAUUGUUGGGAGUUAGAUGAGAAGAUAGAUACCACUCACAUAUGCAUAAUAUAAAGCUAGCGCUAGAAGCUACUUUGGUUAGCUUAGCUUAGUUUAGCUUAGCACAAAGACAGGAAACCGAGAGAAACAACUGGUCUGAAUGUAACAGUUGAACAGAAUUUUCACUGUGCCUUCCUGGAGUUGUGUCACGUUCAAGUUGAAACUCAAAAACAUCGAAGUCAGUGUCCUCAGCCAAAAAUGGUUUGGCACAGGGCUGCGUGUAAAACAGCAGUAGGCUUUUGUACAUAGUAAAAAAAAAGGACAUAACCUAGUGAACUCAGCUGUUUCUUCCGGAUUUCAAUCUCUAUGCUAAGCUAACCAGUUGCUGGCUCCAGCUACAUUAUUUAUUUUAACAUUAAGACCUGGUCACACACACCCAAAUGUGGCACGAAUAUCACGGGUGAAAGUUCACCAAAGUUGAACUUCACGUGAAGGCACGCUCUGAUUUGCCGCACCACAGGAAGCAAAUUUUUAAUUCGGCGUGAACCGGGGGGCAAAGUUUCACCACUGAAACAUGGUAUGGCUAAAAAUGAGUGUCAUACGCCAAUGGAUGUAUAACGAAUAAUCAGAUUCUAAAAGCAUUGUUCAUCAAAACUGAUAAGACUAAUAAAUUGUAUACGUCUCUGGAAACCAGUGACCUGUCCAGUAAUACCCUGCCUCUCGCCCAAUGUCAGCUGGGAUUGUCUCUAGCCCACCCGACGACCCUUAAAGGAUGAGUGGAAUGGAUAAUAGAUGUAUGGAAAGUCUCUGAGAACCUGCUUUGAUAUGCUUGAUGGAUAACCUCACAAAGAUUUGAAUAAAAUGCCUUUAGACGUCACGUAGUUCUGCCUUUAGCCAUGUGCUACACUGUGUACUACCCAGCAGUGACCUCACCAACUGAAAUGUGGUGAAUGGCGUGAUUGUAAUCCUCCGUGGGCGCUCUUAACUCCACAACGCGGGUCUACUAUAGAUUUACAGUUUCACUCAAGCCAUCAUUAACUUUACCUGGGAGCUGCUCAAAAUCUUGUACCACCCUGUCUUUGCUUGCGUCAAAAGUCAUGUGAAUGCACAUAUUAAUAAAACUUAUCUGAACAGUUCAGUAUUUAACAAUAAUCAAACUUUUGGUCUUGUAUUGUAAUUGUAAUAAAAUAAUUUUACCGUCAUAGUCAAUAAUGCCCAAAGGGUAAAUACUGUGUGGUAAAGGUUGUGCAUAUUUAUUAAUUUCAAAAAGCAGAUCAUCCACCGGUGACUGAUGCUUCAUUUUGAGUGGCUCCUCUGUAAUGCAACAUACUGUACUGGACAUGAAUGUAGCCAAGUAUAUUUUAUUUUCAGCAAUCUAUUUUCCUAAACUGGCGUAAGUAGGCCAUCCAUUGUGACAUCUGUUUAGGGUUUAGUAGAAACGGCCGUACAACAGAAACACAGCACAAGAGAAGUAGUAACUGUUUGUGCUGCUCCAUGUUGUACUGCAGCUCCAAACUCUCCACAUGGGCUCAGCCGUGAGACACAGCCACAGCUUGGCCUCAGCAUACUGAACAACAUAAGCUUAGUUGACUGAAUUACUAUUAGACAAAUGUGGUCUUGCCUGCAUGAUUUUUUUUUUUUUUUUUUUAUCUGUUGUGUACAAAUAACAUUGUCAACUGUAUUUUUUGUAUCAUUGAGAUUUGUGACUGUUGUUUUUAUUAUAUUGUACAUAAAAAGCACUUUAUUUUAAUUUUUUAAG